AUGGGACACACUGCGAAGUAUUGUUGGGUGAAGCCAUUGGAUACGCCGUCAGUCAGACAGAUUGCAGCACCAGCAGUGGCGCAGGUUUGCUUUGGCUGUGGUCAGCCAGGUCACAUCGUCAGAGAUUGUCCGAGGAGAGGCAAUGCAGCACUUCCACCACCACCAAAGCGUCUAGCCAUCGCUCCACGUGUGUUUGCGGUUGGAGAUCCUCAGGGAGCUGAGCCGAUAGCAGGAUCGAUUUCGGUUGGAGGUGAGUCAGCUCAUACCUUAUUCGACACGGGAGCUUCUCAUAGUUUUGUGAGUCCGCGUUUAGUCCAGUCUUGGUCCUUUCGGGGUGCCUUCGAACCGAAUGUUAAGCAGAUUCAGACAGCCGGCACAGAGAGAUUGGGAGCCGUCGGCGUUCAUCACGACGUACCAGUUUUGCUUGGAGGGACUGAUUUACUCGGAGAUUUGACGGAGAUGGAGCUGAAUUACUACGACGUUAUUCUCGGGAUGGAUUGGUUGUCACGACAUCGAGUAGUACUGGAUUGCCCGAGACCGAGAGUUCAUAUCCCUAGAGCAUAA